GCUACUCCCCUUGGUGAACCAGGUUUACCUGCAUCAACGAACAAUGACUUUCUUCAGGGACCUCUACGAUGAUGGGUGCUACUCACGAUUUGGCUAUGAAGACCUCUAUGGUUUUGGGGGCCUGAAUGGUUACCAUUACGGGAGCCCAUAUGGCUACUACCGCCAUGGCAGCCCAUACAGCUACAGAAGCUUUGGGAGCCUGUAUGGGAGCAGAGGCUUGAUCGGUUAUGACAGUUUUGAUGGGGGCUUUGGGGACCUGUACGGAUUUGGGUACGGCUACCCCUUCUCUUCUCGUUUUGGAAGCAGAUACUUCUAUUGAAACUGCUGUCUGUGCUGAACCAACAGAAACAGCAAUCAAGAAAUGAAAUGCAGGGCACAGAUUCAUGGCUAAGGUUAUGAUGCUGAGAAACGCUGAGCACCCACACCUCUGGCUGAGCUCAAUGGGACAUGUGGAUGCCAAGCUGCGUAAGACUACCCCAUAUAUAACCCUUCCUAAUAUUUUCCAUUUAUUCAACUGUUACUCUAAAGGGCAACUUAAAUUACAGCAAGCACUGAGCCAUCUUUACAACAUGUUGAUGGAGUAAAGCAAGACUUUCAGGUGUGAGUAAAGUGCUUUUUAAGUUAAUACACAGCCACUUGUAUUGCGAUAGUAAUAGGAGUUUCUGCAACCACCACGAAUAAGUCCACUUUUUUCAGCUAUAAACUUCACCAAAGAUGACACCUAGGAGAGAAGCUAUGUUACUUAUCCAUGCUGUUCCUCAUCUGGCAUGAUUAAUAAGCAACCCUGAAAGCAAGAAACAUGUCUUGACUGUAAACUCCACUGUUUCCACAAGGAGAAAGCAUCAUUCAACAUCAGACACACUCUGCUUGCUGAAGACACUUCUGUAAAACUGCAAACUUAUUCUUUCAGUUCCUCCAUGCUUUUCAUUUGCAUUAAAAUUACUCUGCUUAAUAGUA